CUGUCAGUGUAAAAUAAUCAAGCCGGCGGUGGUGUACCGUCAUCUGCAUCACUUUUUCUUUUUCGGGUGCACUGCCGCUGCCCAUUAUUGUGAAAUAGUUAGGCUAGAGUUUAGGUAGCGUUAUACCGUUGUUUUCGUUAGUGUUUUAUUUUAUAGUUUUAAAGCAACAAAUUCAGCCAUGGGACAGCACGUUUCGCGCACCGAUUUCGAGUGGACGUACACGGAGGAGCCGCACGCGAGCCGGCGAAAGCUGAUCCUGGAAAAGUACCCGCAGAUAAAGAAGCUGUUCGGCUGCGACCCGCAGUUCAAAUGGGUCGCGAGCGCGAUGGUCCUCACCCAGCUCGCGAUGCUGUUCGUGGUGCGGGACCAGUCGUGGAAGGUGGUGUUUCUGCUGGCCUACUGCUUCGGUGGCGUGAUCAACCACUCGCUCAUGCUGGCGUGCCACGAAAUUGCCCACAAUCUGGCGUUCGGGCACGCGCGCCCGAUGGCGAACCGGUUGUUUGGCUUCUUCUGCAACCUCCCGAUCGGGCUGCCCAUGUCGGUGUCGUUCAAGAAGUACCACCUGGAGCACCACCGCUACCAGGGCGACGAGGUGAUCGACACGGACCUGCCCACCUACCUCGAGGCGAAGCUGUUCUGCACGACGCUGGGCAAAUUUUUCUGGGUCUGCCUGCAGCCGCUGUUCUACAUCUUCCGGCCGCUGGUCGUGAAUCCGAAGCCGCCGCAAAAGCUCGAACUGGUCAAUGGCGUCAUACAGCUCGCCUUCAACACGAUCGUGGUGCAGUACUUCGGGUGGAAGGUGAUGGUGUACCUGAUCGUCGGGUCGCUGCUGGCGAUGGGCCUCCAUCCGGUGGCGGGCCACUUCAUCUCCGAGCACUACAUGUUCGCGAAGGGCUUCGAGACGUACUCGUACUAUGGGCCGCUCAACUGGAUCACCUUCAACGUGGGCUACCACAACGAGCAUCACGAUUUUCCGGCCGUGCCCGGCCGGCUGCUGCCCGAGGUGAAGCGGAUCGCGCCCGAGUUCUACGACAACAUCCCGCAGCACACGUCCUGGACGCGCGUGCUGUACGAUUUCAUCACCGAUCCGUCCGUCGGCCCGUACGCUCGCAUCAAGCGUAAAGCCCGCGGACUAGAUUCUUAAAUCGAAUUGAUAUUAAGCCGCCCGCUCCCGCCCCAUCUCCUCCCUCCCCACUGUUUCACAAUCCCCCCAGGUCUAACGAGCGUAAUGCAACGCAUGUUGUUUGCAUUGAGAUGGAGGCGUGUGACGAUAUAUAUAGACAAUUAAUAUUCUCUACCGAAAAGGAAUCUACCUGUCUGCCAUGGGCGGACCAAACCACACAAACAACACAACACAACCAGAAAUACGCAGAAAGGACGAAGCAAACAAACAAUAUAACAACAACAACUACUACUACUACUACCAGAGUAAGCCUAUAAACAAACGAAUGGACUUUUUUGCUUAUAACCUUAAAGAGCAUUGAUACAAUGUUGACUAUAUUAAUGAUAAUGAACCCCCGCGAGAGUAUACUGUGUGCACCGGCGGCGUGUAUGACGUAUGUAUGUGUAAUAUUGUAUAGAAACGGAACAUUGCUGGCGACAAAUGGAAAAAAAACACUAGGAAAACUAAUUAUAAAUCGAAUCGCGUUUGUGAACACAACACAAAAAUGUCUCAGAUAAGGAAAAGGGCAAGUAUUAGGGCACUGACACCACCGGAUGGCAAUUGUAAAGAACCGACAAAGGAUUGGUUUGUGGGGGAAGGCUGCCCCCCUCCCGUUGUUGUCGGGCAUUCUAUUACCUUUCUCUUAUAAUAACGAUUGUUUAUCAUUUUGAUUCAAUGUUGGUUCAAAGCCUUCGUGUGCCGGCUUGGUUUAUAAAUUAAAAUAAAAAAGCACGUAAUAUCCCAAGCUACAUCACCAAGCUAAUCGGAGCGAGCACGUGUUGGAGCGUGCAGAAGGAAUAAUGCGUAAGAUUCGAUUAAAUUUGUUCCAACAAAAACAAAUAUUUGAUGUGUGUAACAAUAAAAUAAACCAAAACUAAAGUAUUGCAAUGCGCGAUCGACAUCAGAGUUGUGAUGCAGAGGGAGGAAUGCGAUCAUAAAAUAAGUACAGGGAAGAGAGAAUAUAAAACAGCUACAAAACAAACGCGUGUGUUAACGGAAGAUUGUGUGUUUCCAUGCCUUUCCAUGUUUUUUGAUAUUGCUGCUUUGCAAAUUACGAGAGCGCGCGUACGUGUUUAUGUGUGUGUGUUUUGCGCGUGGAACCGCUUCCACACUGCACUCCCUUUUCGGGCGGAGCACGCAUUACUUAGGAUUCGAUGGAUUGUUUUUAAUACAUGUGUACUAAUAAUAAGCCCUGCGAGGAUGUUGCUUACAAAAAACAGCAGACGAAUAUUACAAUUAUUGUACUGUAUUGUGUCAAUAAAUCAAAGAUAUCGAAAUCAG